UCCAGCUUUGACGUCAGCAGUCCUCCGUUCUCACACAUGGGCUCGGUGCUCGGUCCGCAGCCCGGUCAGGCACCGCCGCACGCGCCAGCAGCAGGUCGUGUGUUGAGAGCAGCAGCUUUUAUUCUGAAAAGAUUUCUUUCCGCGUAGAUGUGAGGCCACAGCGCGAGGACAGCGCUCACCUUCCCGUGUCACACCUGCGGCUCUGCUCGGCUCGUUUCCCCGAACUGAAGUCCCGAUGCAAGGAGGCGUGAUGGAGAAGAUGUCCCGACACCCCGGCCCGCUCAGCCCGGGCUUCGUGCCCACGGCCACGCACGGAGUGCUCAAGUCUCUGCUGGAGAACCCGGUGAAGCUGCCGCUGCAGCACGAAGCUUUCAGCAAAGAGCAGGAGAAGGAGAAAAACCUAGAAGAAGAGCGCAGCGUCCCCCAGUCGGCCUUCCUGGGCCCCACGCUGUGGGACAAAACCCUCCCCUACGAUGGAGACACCUUUCAGCUGGAGUACAUGGACCUGGAGGAGUUUCUGUCUGAGAACGGGAUCCCCUCCAGCCCCUCCCAUCACCACCACAACCACCACCCACCACACGCUCCGCCACGCCAGCCGCCAAUCAUGGCCCCAGCCCCACCCACACCAGCACCCUCAGUGAUUGACCUUAGCAACCACGCCUCCACCUCUGUGCACACGACUGUCGUCUCCCCGAACUGCCUGCACGGCAGCCCGGCAGCAGCAGGCCUCCCAAACUCCCGAAACACUCCCAGCCCCAUCGAUCCAGACUCCAUCCAGGUCCCCGUCAGCUACGAGCCAGACCCGGCUGACCUGGCUCUGUCCAGCGUCCCGGGUCAGGAGAUCUUCGACCCGCGCAGGCGCAAGUUCUCGGCCGAGGAGCUGAAACCGCAGCCGAUGAUCAAGAAGGCUCGAAAGGUCUUCAUCCCGGACGAAAUGAAGCAGGAUGACAAAUACUGGGCCCGGCGCAGGAAGAACAACUUGGCUGCUAAGCGCUCCCGGGACGCCCGGCGCCUCAAGGAGAACCAGAUCGCCAUCCGGGCCAGCUUCCUGGAGAAGGAAAACUCUGCUCUGAGGCAGGAAGUGGCCGACCUGCGGAAAGAGCUCGGCCGCACCAAGAACAUCCUCGCCAAGUACGAGGCCCAGCACGGGCCGCUGUGAGGGAGCGGGACACACACACAUGUACAGAGUUCACACACACACCGCCAGCCAGCUCGUCUCACGGCUCCGAAGGGCUCGACUUACGGCAGGUUAGUCUGUGGACCAAUCAGAUCACAAACACAGAGGACACGCCUCCUCUCUGAUUUUGAUUCUGCCUCAAAACGUUCAGUUUUAAAACGUGUUCGCUGGGGACUACUUUCAGCGGCGGAUUAAUCCACACUGGUGCUGUAAAAUGACACACGAUGCAACUCAUUUAUAGUUUUGUUUUUUUCAUGUGCGUUGGCUUCACAUUACUUCCUGUUUGAGUCGAGCCCGUCACUCGGAGCUCUUACACACGCACACCUGUCACACACCUGUCGGGGCGUGUCUUCAGCCCUGUGAACUCUUCUCAUGGACUCCACUAACACUCACCUGACCUCUGACCCCUGCUCUCCCAGUGUCUGGCACUUUAAAGCUCCCCCCCCACAGGUGUGAACACACCUGUAAAUGAAUGUGUACCGCCUCCUGCCUCUCAGCUCCUGCUCUCUGUUGGUUUUUCUGUCGGGCCCUUUGAGGCCCCGCCCGGCCCUCAGCGCUGUUUCACAUUCACACUAACUUUAACCUGACUUCUCUUUUUUAACAAGUGCCCAAAAUGCCAAAAGUUUUAUAGCAACCUCCAGGAAAUGUUUUUAUAUUUGUCAGGAUAAUCAGACGUAAACGUCUUCAGGGAGUUCAGACAGGAAGCCAACGGGUGGGUGUGUUUUUGGAGCCCCCUGGUGGACGAGGGGUGCUCAGCAGCCGGUCUGAUCACUUUAAAGGGUCUGGCUGCAGGUUUUGACCUUUGACCUUCACUUUAGCAUGUUCAUGUUUGUGUUCAAUAGGAAAGCUGCUUCAGGUUUAGAAGUAAAAACAAACAAGCGCUGUAGAAAUGCAAGCACCGGCAUAAAGACGGUCGCUUCAGACGGCGUUCUCUGUUUCUCUGAGCGCUCCGCCAAUGAAAAACAAGCAAGAUUAAAGAGAUAAAAUGCACUUAAAUUUAUCUUAAAACAAUAAAAAAACAAAUUAAGAACAAGCUUUAAGAAAAUGGCUCGAAUGAGAGGAAACUUUAAAGAGGUAAAAACUAACCUGAAAUCAGAGUGCUCCUUCCUGUGCUGAUCGAGACGUUCUUCAUCGCCACAGUCUUCACAUCCUGGUUCAGUAAAUGUUUGGAAAGGUUGAUUCCAUAAAAAGGAGAGAUCUUUUCUGACGUGCAGCAUCAUCUUCGUCUCUUCUCUUUCUGUUUCUUCAAAUAAAAUCUAAUUCGGCGUGUUUCCAGGCUUCGCCUCGCACUGUCACUUAUUUCGGGUAAAUGUGGGAAGAUGGAGGUGAGCGUGGGGGUUUCUGCAGCGACUGUCCUGCUUCUCAUCUUCACGACUUUACCAUCACCUACACAUAUUACUUCUCUUUCUUAUUUUCUUUUUUGUGCGCGUCUUUACAACGUGUUCAAACCAAGCCGCGCUGACAGCUGAUUAAUGCUCAGCUGUCAUGUUUUUGUCUUUCUGUGAAAGUUUGAAUUUGUUUUGGAGCAAUUUUAUAAAUGUAAUUAUGUUAGCACACCUGCUGUCGCUUUACUCUUCAGGUACUUCAUCGUUAAAAGUACCUCUUCUGCUCGUUUCCACCUGCUAUAUUUUUAUUCUUGGAGCUUUAAUAAUCUUUAAACAUGUUCACUUUAAAGAGAGAUUUUGGAAACUCGCUCCGUUUGAGUGCAAUAGACGUUUCUUUCAGGUGUGAACUUUGACUUUUGUUUCCCACAUAGCUCAGCGACGCCCCCCGGUGGCCGAGUGAGACAUGAAUGUAUAUUUGGGAGCGUGGUGUCGUCUUAUACUGUGGGGUCACUUUACUCUUUACUACAGACCAAAAGACUACAGUGUAUACAGGAUAUAUUGAUAUACAUGACAGGGUUUAAUGUUUAUACAGAGUUGUUCUUGUUUUGUACAGUCUGUUUUCCUACGUAGAUAUUUCCCGUGUAUUUUGGAAAUCCUUUCAUAAAUCUGAAGCGUAUAUAUAUCACACAUAUAUAUUAUUAGAGUGGCGUGCCCGGCCGGGGCGUGCAAUGCAUGGGCAUUAACCUACCAGCCUCAUUUCACGUCUCACCCUUUUCUCCCCCACCCUCAGCACACCUGGGCAGGUUCCUUUAGUUUCAUGGCUGUAUUUGGCCCAGAGGAAUGUAACCCCCCCCCCAACAUGAUGCCCUCUUUUCUUGUCUUUUUUUUGUAUUCUUCCUUUUUAUCAUUUGCUGUGGUUUCUCCUUCUGCCUCCUGCUGUUUGAUUCUCCUGUAACUGUCCUUGAUUCUGUUUCUCAUGAUCAAAAUAAUAAAUACAAGUUUAAAUAC